GAUGUCUGAUUCCGACAAUAAUAUUCAUUUGCACUGUACAAUUUGAAAUCUGCCUCCGCCACAAUUGUGGCCCCUUGUCAUCUACCACCACAUAUGACUUCUAGCACCGCGUUCAAGACCUUCUCGCUAGCGAACGACAUAUUUGAAGUUUCGCCUCAAGAUGAGAUAUAUGCCUUUGAUGUCGAGGCUAAUAAGCGGAUAAACCGGGAGGCACCAUGGGACAAGGAUCCACAAUACUUCAAAUCAUGCAAGAUCUCAGCUGUCAUUCAUGCACGAUCAGGAGUGCCACAUGAGAUUAUGGGGCUCAUGCAAGGCAAGGUGAUGGGCAACUCACUGGUUAUCAUGGACUCCUUCGCACUUCCUGUGCAGGGCACGGAGACGCGUGUUAACGCUGCCAAUGAAGCAAAUGAGUACAUGGUAAAGUAUAUUUCGGAGAGCGAGAAGGCCAAAAGAUUGGAGAAUGCCAUUGGCUGGUACCACUCACAUCCAGGCUAUGGGUGUUGGCUUUCGGGAAUAGAUGUAGGACACCCAAAUGAACAACCAGCAUUGAUAUUGGUGCCUUUCCGCACGUACCCACCGAAUUACACGCCUCCUAACGUAUCGGCUUCCGAAUACCAAUCCAUUCCCCUGAGCAAAAUUGAAGACUUUGGUGUGCACGCGAACCAGUACUACCCACUAGACGUGGAGGUGUUCAAAUCGAGCUUGGAUACUGAGCUGCUCGGUUUGUUGUGGAACAAGUACUGGGUCAACACACUCAGCCAGAGCCCUUUGAUUUCGAAUCGGGCGUAUGCAGUGUCACAGAUCGUAGAUUUGCAUCAGAAACUCUCUAAGGCUCAGGCCUCGGUGUCCAGCACACGGGCGCCUAUGCCGACAACGAAAGGACAGGAGGAGAAGACAUCAAGUGUACCCAAGAAGGAAGAAAAGAAGAAAGAAGACAAUCAACUCGCAAAGGGUGUGAAGGAUAGCACAAAGAUUGCCGCAGAGGCUCAACAUGGUUUGAUAUCUCAGAUUUUGAAAGAUAUCGUUUUCUCUUCGCGACCGAGUGAGUAUGGGGCCAAUCGCGUCACAGAGAUAAUAGACACUGUAAUGACUGUCGAAUAAAUCUGCAUUUUCUGAUCAUUCUAUACUUUUUAAUGGUACAUCCAUACUACAUCCUCUUCAUCAUCAUAAAGAAUCUGCAUGCGAUAGAUUUCAAAUAGAUCUUCAAGCUUGUAUCAGAGAA